CGCGGCCGCGGGCAGCCCCAGGCCACGAUGACGGAGUGGACUUUGCUCAAACGUCUGCUGGACGCCGUUCACCAUCACUCCACCAUGAUCGGCCGCCUCUGGUUAACCGUCAUGGUCAUAUUCCGGCUUCUGAUCGUCGCCGUGGCAACCGAAGACGUGUACACCGACGAGCAGGAGAUGUUCGUCUGCAAUACGCUCCAACCGGGGUGCUCGACGGUCUGCUACGACACGUUCGCGCCAAUCUCUCAACCGAGAUUCUGGGUGUUCCACAUCAUAAGCGUCUCCACCCCGUCUCUUUGCUUCAUCAUCUACACUUGGCACAAUUUGUCCAAGCAGAACGGCGCGUCGAGGCCACGGAACGCCAACGAGGACUACGCCCGGCGAGCGACGCGAGACCCGGGAAAAGACGGCGGCAGAGAGGCGUACGACCGGAGCUGCGAUUCGGACAGCUGCUCCAUCAGGUCUCACAAACAUCUGGGACACAGUUUGGCGGACGCGUUGGAAGGAAUCACCGUCCAACAACUGCAGAACCUGGAAUCGCUGAACAAGACGCAAACAUUCGCCGUAAAAGACGUCAACGGUGAGGUCCAACCCGUUCCAGGAGGAGUUCUGUCCAAAUGCUACGUCUUCCAUGUUAUUCUGAGAGCCAUUUUGGAAGUCGGUUUUGUCUUGGCGCAGUGGAAACUCUUCGGAUUCAAAGUCCCCGUGCACUUCCUGUGUACGUCGAGUCCUUGCAGUCAACCUGUGGACUGCUACGUGUCCAGGCCAACGGAAAAGACGAUAUUUUUGCUGUUCAUGUUCUGCGUGGGCGUGUUUUGUAUCCUCCUGAACUUACUCGAGCUCAAUCACCUCGGCUGGAAGAAGAUCCGCCAGGUCGUUAAGCGGCGAGAGAAGACAUCGUGGACGGCGUAUUCGGGUUUGAGAAAGGGCUACGAGAGUCUCCCCGCGGACAGUCCGUCUCCCGCCUCUUCGCCGGGCUACGGAGACGUGACCAGCACGACCUCGCUGCCCACGCUCAACCUCGUGGUCAGUCAUCAGCCGACGUGGACCUGCGCCGCCAACUGUACGGGAUCGACCGCGGGAACGGCGAGGAACGUGACGUCAGAGCAACCGAAAAGACGAGAGUCGGACAAAGAAAGACAGACUCUGAGGGGUAAGAAAGAGGGAAGGAAGCAGAGGAGCACGGAGGUCUGGAUCUGA